AUGAAAAGCUUGUCUAUAGAUUUCCAUAAGCACAUACAAAUCUGUAAAAAACUUGGGGAGAAUCGUGAUGUCUCAGUCUAUGUUUUGAAGAAUAUGGCAAUUAUAAGAUGCGGUGCUAUAGAAAUUCAAAGUCUUCAUGCAUCUUCAAUAGCUUUAAAAUUAUACAAGUUUAAAAUAACAUCAAUCCAUUAG